AUAGCUGAUUGGCCCAGGGGAGGGACACCUGACUAAAGCUGACCAAUCACAUUCCUCUCUUGGGAAUUUGGAAUUGGGCCAUUCAGCCAGUUAAUAGCGGGAAGCUGAGCUAGAGAGGCAGAGUCAAAAUGGGGAUGGAGUGUGAGUCACAUGCAAGCCAAAAGGAUGGAGGACCAGAAAAGCCCUGAAGUGUUCAAGAAGGCGAGCCCUAAUGGAAAGCUCACGGUCUAUCUGGGAAAGCGGGACUUUGUGGACCACAUCGACCUUGUGGACCCAGUAGAUGGUGUGGUCCUGGUGGAUCCUGAGUAUCUCAAAGAGAGGAGAGUCUACGUGACACUGACCUGCGCCUUCCGCUAUGGCCGGGAGGACCUGGAUGUCCUGGGCCUGACCUUUCGCAAAGACCUGUUUGUGGCCAAUGUGCAGUCCUUCCCGCCAGCCCCUGAGGACAAGAAGCCCCUGACACGGCUGCAGGAGCGUCUCAUCAAGAAGCUGGGCGAGCAUGCGUACCCCUUUACCUUUGAGAUCCCUCCGAACCUCCCAUGCUCCGUGACGUUGCAGCCAGGGCCUGAAGACACCGGGAAGGCCUGUGGCGUGGACUACGAAGUCAAAGCCUUCUGUGCAGAGAACCUGGAGGAGAAGAUCCACAAAAGAAAUUCUGUACGUCUGGUCAUCCGGAAGGUUCAGUAUGCCCCAGAGAGGCCUGGCCCCCAGCCCACAGCCGAGACCACCAGGCAGUUCCUCAUGUCGGACAAGCCCUUGCACCUAGAGGCCUCCCUGGAUAAGGAGAUCUAUUACCAUGGAGAACCCAUCAGCGUCAAUGUCCAUGUCACCAACAACACCAACAAGACUGUGAAGAAGAUCAAGAUCUCGGUGCGCCAGUACGCGGACAUCUGCCUCUUCAACACCGCGCAGUACAAGUGUCCUGUGGCCAUGGAAGAGGCUGAUGACACAGUGGCACCAAGCUCUACUUUCUGCAAGGUGUACACGCUGACCCCCUUCCUGGCCAACAACCGGGAGAAGCGGGGCCUGGCCCUGGACGGGAAGCUGAAGCAUGAGGACACCAACCUGGCCUCCAGCACCCUGUUGAGGGAAGGUGCCAACCGUGAGAUCCUGGGCAUCAUUGUUUCCUACAAAGUAAAAGUGAAGCUGGUGGUGUCUCGGGGCGGCCUGUUGGGAGAUCUUGCAUCCAGCGAUGUGGCUGUGGAACUGCCCUUCACCUUAAUGCACCCCAAACCCAAAGAAGAACCUCCACAUCGGGAAGUUCCAGAGAACGAGGCGCCUGUUGACACCAAUCUCAUAGAACUUGACACAAAUGAUGACGACAUUGUAUUUGAGGACUUUGCUCGCCAGAGACUGAAAGGCAUAAAGGACGACAAGGAGGAAGAGGAGGAUGUUACCGGCUCCCCACACCUCAACGACAGAUAGACUGGGGCCAGUCUCCCUCUGGGCAGCUCUGGUCCACUGUCCCACACUAGGAUGCUCACUCGUCUUCUUCUCGUUCUGGUUUUCUUCCCCUUUGUUCUUCCAGUUUCUACCAGGAGGCCUAGUGGUCUCCAGGUCUUGGUGAUGGACCUUUGGCCUUGGAACUGGCCCCACAUCACCAUGCCAACAGGACCGCAGUGCACUGAAUUCAACCCUCUCCGAAGUCACCACUCCCUUCCCCCCUUUCCUGCUCACUCCCAGAAAGGCCACCAGGACACCAGUCUUGGAUUUGGCUUGAAAUGGGGAGUAAAAAGGGGAGGGUGUGCAGGACAGUUGUGGCAAUGGUGGGCAUGAGGACUCAGAGGCAGGCAGGAAGGAUGACCAUGUGGAGGGUUCCCCCUUCUGGCUGGAGGGGCAGAGCUGUGGAUGGAUUCUCAAUGCCUUUUUGCAGUUUGGACCCACCAAAGACCGCUCCUCCUUCACCUUCAUCUCUGCCUAGGUCCCUUUAGGUUGUGGUGGCAUUGGUGAAGACCCUUAGAUGCCAGAGCGGGGAAAACAGUGGGCUGACUUUCAUACCAGCAGAUAUCGGAGCUGAGGCCAAGCACAUUUCAGUGUGGUCAGCACGUGGCAGCUUAGCUUCCGUGUGCACAGAGAUGGGAGGAAGAAAGGUCUUCAGCAGCUGCCAGCCCCAGCAGCUUUGCAGUGUGCUGUCAGAGGCAGGGCAGGGCUGGGAAGAUGAGUCCACCUUCCCUUCCUUUGUGGAUUUAAGGUGAUCACCAGGAAUAGGGCUGGAGGACCAGAGGCAGUUGGGCCACCAUUAUCCCUGUUUUUCUCUGUAGUCCUGCAGGGCUGUCAGACUGGGCCAGCCUUGCAGGUUGAGAAAGAGAGCCCAAGGCCACCAUAUCCUCUGGAUCCUUCUGCAGCAAGUGGCUGGCUCCUUCAGGAUGCUGUCCUCCAAAGGGAAGGAGGCUGCUCUAUUUCCCUUGGGAGUUGAUGACUCCAGUUCUCUGUGUUGUGGGUACCCUGUACCCAUCAGCUGAUGUUGGUAUGAUUGAGACCUGGGACAUUUCUCAGGAAAACAGGGCAGACAGCUGAUAAAGUAGAAAGUGUUAAAAGGUACCAUCCUUUUUGUCUGGUCUUUGAUGCUAACUUGCUAUUCGACCUUGGGCAAGUUUCUUCCCCUCUUUGGGCCUCAGUUCCUCAUUGGAAAACCAAGGCGUUUGAUGAGACGAUCUCAGAAGGCCUACCAGCUCUGGCUUCUGAGAUUGAGCAUUAGAGCUUCUAGUGUGCUGGGUGGAGCCCAGCUGCAGACUGCUCUAGCCUCCAGACCUCAGAGGGCCGGGCCCAGCCCAGCACCUAGCUCCUCCUCCAGGCCUAGGAAGCACCCUUUUUGGGUUCCAGGAAGUUGCCCAGUGUGAAGCUGUGGCUUGAUAUAACAAGAUGGACAGAGCCCUGUUUGCUGAGGCUUGGGUGGAGACCAGCCCACCUCUCCUCAAGGAUUCGGACACCCUGAAGUUUACCCAGGCAGAUACAUCAAUUAGCAAAGCAAGGCAAUCUCUUCUCAAUUUCUGCUCCCUUUUAUUUCAGUUCCACACUUUCUUGGAAAAGGAGGCAGCACAAUUUUAUUAUACAAGUUGGAGCUGAACUUUUUUUAGCCUAGCACAUCUGGCAAUGGGCUGUGCAACCAUCUCCCAUGGUGAAGUGACCCAGUCACCUGGCCCUGCCAGGUAAUCUCAUGAACCCCCAAUCCAAGGGACCCCCUUCCCAGGUCAGAAGUGAGUGCAGGGCAGUUAUACUCCUUUGGCCAGUCUGGGGUUCCACCUGCAAGUACUCCAGGUAUCCAGCUCUUGCUAGAGCUGGCUGGGCAGUUAGUGCCCCUCUAGACAGCUAUAGAGGCUGGAACAGCAGGUAGUAAGCAUGCGUCUUCCACUGUCUCCCUCUGGAAGCUGAAAGGAGACCCUUGUGUGACCCUCAUGUGAUUGGGGUUGCCAAUCCCCUGCCUGCCUCUUUCUCCAUCCCUAAUGUGCACACAGAAGAUCUGCCAGGCUAGUUUCUUGAGCUUCUUCCACCUCAACAUCACACCUUUGGGGUUUAUCCCAGUGUUAACUGCAGUUUUCCCAGUUAUGGGGAAUCAGCAGUGCCCCGUCUGUCUUUUUGCUCCUUGAACCAGGACUGCACACGGCAGUGGUUAAAUUAACUGAAUUCAGCCUAAACAUCCUUUGCUGAUGGCGUCUCUACUAGCUCUGGAGACACAGAGAUGGGCUGUCCUUAGGAAGCUCGUAGCCAAAAUGGUGUUACAAGGUAAAGUGAGAAGAGAGCCAUUGCAUUUAAGGCUCUGUGGCUGCUCCUGGUCCAUGCUGAACCUUGAUGUGAAUUAGAACCUGGUACCCACCUCCAGGGGGAUUUGGACAAUAGAAUGUCAGCCUCAUGGGCGGUGCAUGGGUUGGAUUUUUGUGCCACUUGUCCCUUGGUGUCUUGCUGUGAAGCUGUGCUAUAGUCCUGUGGGACACAGGCCAAAGUGUUUCCUUGGUAUCUUCUUAGAGAGGAGGAUCCCGAUCAUUUUUCUAGACCCCCUCACUCCCCUGUCAUGACUUAGGGUUCUCUGUAGGGCUUCUACAUUCUAGAAUCAACCUCGCAGAUGACAUCCAAUUUCAUUAGGGGUGUGAGAGCCUCACUAGGCCCCAAAGUCACAGUUUUUGACUCUUUGUUGCCUGUGCCAAACCAGCAGCCCCAUACUGUUAUUUUCCAGGGAUCAUGUGGGUGGCACAUUGAUACCAGUCUGGCAGGAAUGAAGAACUUUCUUUGGGUGAAAUCACCAGGCUGAGGGCUGGCUGGACUUGCUCAGCACUCCAACCAACAGAAGAGUUCCUUUCCUGGAAAGAUAAGAACUCGGUAUUUAGCAGGGCCCCCUGGCCUCUUCAGCCUUACAGCCCAGACAAGCAAGAGUGGGCUCAUCUUGGUUUUGAUUUGCCUGGAAAGCAACCAACAGCUGGUUCCCACAUGGUGCAGUGACAAGAAUGUUUCUUUGGAAGUCCCCAGUGCCACCUGUCAGUCCUGGUUGUCAUCAACAAGGGUGGCCUUGAGCAAGUGACUCAAAUUAAUGGAUCGGUUUUCCUAACUAAAAUGGAACAAUAAUCCUUUUCCUGCCUGACUCAUGCAUUGUUGUGAGGCCCAGAGAAGGUGGAAAUCAGUUGCCAGUUGUCUUUUAAGUAGCCCAAUCGUGGCCCUGCAAGUACAAGGGCAUGGCCUAAGGUCACACAGGAAUUUUGCUGCAGGCUGAGCCGUCUUCCCACCAGUCUUCCUCUCUUGUCUUGCUUCUCACUUUGGUAGAUGUGAACCAGAAUGAGAUUCAGGAAGUUUGGCCUUGGUGACCCAGCUGAGAAGGAAAUGUGGACACCACUCAGGACUUAUAAGACCAAGGGCAGGGGAUUAGGAUCCAGGUCAGAGAGAAGACAUGGGUGUCAGUGACUGACAACUGUGAGGACAGGGCCAUUUUAGGCCCUCUCAGGCCUAGGCCAUCCACAUUUCCCACCUCUCAUCUCACAGAGGUCAAGAAGCCUUGGCCAUGACCCCGAGUCAGGGAACUGACCACACCAUUUCUCUGUCAAAGAAAUCCAAGGGUGAAGGGAAAUAGAAAAUACCUGCUCCUUCUCUUCAGAUUCUAAGGACUCAUCCAGGAUUAACCAGGGCAACAGCAGCUUCUUGGUGACACUUAGGAGGACCUCAGGCCCAAAAUGUCCAGGUCUCUCGCCCCCAAGAGCUGAACGCUGGUUGUUCCAUCCCAGUGAUUUCAGCAACUCAAGAGAGGCAGCUGCUCUUCUGCCAGUGACUGGGGCCUAGACACUCUCCACCAUCCAGGAGGAAGUGGAUGGCUGCCAUCUUGAACUUAUAAGGUCUCAUGGACAGGCCUGUGCCUGUUGUGAUAUUUUUUCUUUUUAAACUCAGUAGGGACCAAAAGAGACCUCUGAUCCUCACUCAGCCUGGGAUCUGCAUUUUGCCACCACCUGGGCCCUGGCACCACUCCACUUUUUCUUUUCCUCCUGGCCAACUGGAAGCAACUGAUCCAUGGGGCAGAUUCCCACCUCUGUCUUGGCCUGUAGGGUCCCCACACAGCAGCUUCAAAGGGAUGCCUGAGGGAGAGGGAAGCACCUUCCCCCAAUCGUCCCAACUUGUCAUCCCAAAUGAAAAGUCAAAGCACAGGUCCCUGGGACCCAUGACCCACAGAUACUCUGUCACAGCGGUUUUCCAAGCACUGUGGACCCCUGGCAUGUUCUGUAGGACCCUCAGUAUGCCGCAGAGCUUUGUCAGGGGAUGCUCUGUGGGAGAGAUGGAGUGGAGGCAAGCAGAGGCUGAGUCUGCAGCCCUUCCUCCUUCCUGCCUCCCACCAGAACAGCUCUGCUUUUAUCUCUUGCCUACUGAGGUUUCACUUUCAGACUUUGUUUUGAAGAAAAAUUCAAACCACCAUUCUGAGGUUUGAUCUUAGACCAGCAAGUACAGGUUCUAUUCUUGCUUUUCAUGUUGGAGCAGCUUCAGCAUUUCAGUACAAAGUGUCUUUGCAUUGAACUUGGGUCACACACUCAGACCUAGUGUUCUCUCUCUCUCUCUCUCUCAUAACACAUACAUGUACACAUUUGAUGGUUUUCUAGCCAAUCUCUGUAGCUCUGGCCUGGGUUUGAUGUGGGCAGGGCCUGGUGCUCAGUGAGGAUGGGUGUUCCCCCUUGAUACUGGUUUUGCAGCACAGGGGACCAUGGAGCAAGGAAACAGGACCAGUCCCCACCCAGGGCUCUUAUCUACACCCAUAUGACACCCCACUCUGAACCAGCAUGGGACCACAGGGGGACCAGCGUGAGGGGAAAUGAAGAAGCUAGAGCCGGGUUGCCCUCUGUCCACAGCCAGGUGGCUGGAAGUCUGGGUUCACAGAACACUUACCCUGAGACAGGGCUCCCCCUGAGACCUUUUAAGCAGCAAGUUGUAGUUCUGGUAGGCUUCUGCACCCACAUUUGUGAGCAAUCAAGAUUGUGAACUACAACGGGCUCUCGUGCCCAAAGAGAGGCACCUGCAGUCUCCCAACUUCUCUGGGUGUCUGCCCAGGUGCCUCACCAGGGCUCCCUACCAUGGGGGCAUUUUGGUGAAACUUGAACCAGCCCUUGGCACAAAAUCUGCUUGGGCCCACCUCCCAGGGAAGUCGAGAUGAGGAUGUGAAACUCAGGGCACUGCAAGUCACAUGGCAUGGCAGAAAGCAUGCCAACUGGCAUCUCGUGUUUAGAUGAGGAUGCCCCUCAGGAUGCCACUGACCUCAGUUUUCCAUGUGUAAGUGGGGUGGUUGCAGGGUCUGCAUAUCUCUUUGGGACUAUUGCAAGGGCCAUGGGGUAGGUGGUCCUAUGCGAUGGCAGCAUAUGAGAGGUGGGUGCCUCAUAAACUCUGGCAAGGCUAUGACAGUCCAUUGGCCCUCAGGAAGGGAGAAGAGAGUGGUCCUCCCAGGCAACUGUGCUCAAUAUCAAGGCCUGGUUACAGAUGCUUUGGGGCUGAGUGGGAGGCAGCCAGUGUGUGUCCUGGGCAGAAGGGGUGGCCAGGGCAGGCUCAGUCUGUGGUCCUUCUGUGAAGUGAUUGUUCUGUGGCACUCCGUCCUGGGUCACCUCUGGGGUAAUAUGUUGUGUCUGUGGCAUUCCUUUUACUGUCAGAUAAGUUAUUAUAGUUUAUUCCACUCCAACAGGACAAAAGAACCAUAAAUAGGAGGCCAUUAAAGGUCUUUUAUGACAGAA